AUGAGGCUGGAAAAGCUUACCAUCACAAGAAAAAGAAGACAGGAGUACAGUGAGUUUAUUGCUAACGACGCAAAUUGGAAUGAGCAAAGACUGGCACUAGUAAGGCUGUAUGACAUACAUCAGAUGUAUCAGAAUGCUGGGGUGGUUGGAGAUGCAGUGCCAGACAGAUCAGCCAAGUCGUCAUUCAAGACUCCAAGGGGAAUCACCAUAGUUGGGUAUAAGCUACAUCUUGUCAGGUUGGCUCUUAUCGACGGGCGUCCAUUUAGACUCAACUUUGAGGCAAAGCGGUACCAUUUCAACCAAACAAACAUUACGUUCCUGCUUGGGAUGAUCAAGAACAAACCCAAGCUGGUUUAUUCAAUGCUUAGCAACGGCUUUCCUAGUAGCAUCAACUCGCCGAUAUUCGGAAGCCCUGCGUUUCCCACAUACUUCCAUCUUGCAUGUGCAAUGCAUUCCGACGUGCUGUCCGUCUUUCUAGAAUUCUCCCCUAACUACUCUCUAUGCUGGAAUGGGCUUACUCCACAGAUGAUUGCACUAUUUGGUGGUAAGUCUCUAGAGGCCAAGCAGCCCUUUAACUUCGUUUCAAUGAAACAAUAUAGCCUGCUGAACUCGUUCAGAGGACUCAAGUUAGUAGAGACAGAUGAAAAGCCCAUUUUCCUGAUAGAUUUUCUGUGCAUGGAGGGCGAUAUGGAGGGUGCCAAGAAAAUACUCAGCAGAAACCCAGAGUUGUCCAAGGCCAGCAGGCUAUGCUACCUAAUCCAGGACGACAUAGAAUGGAUCAUGUUCCUAAGCAGGUAUCAGACAUCCGUGCACCAGGAGUUCAAUGGGAUUUCCCCCCUUCAUCUAAGUUCCAUUAAUAACAACUUCGAAGGACUGGUUGCAUUCGUGGCAUUGGGAUCCCACAUCAACUCCAGAGACAGCCUAGGAAACACUGCAAUGCACUAUUGUGCAAUGCUGCGGCAUUUCAUGUGCUUGGAGCUGCUCAUCAGGCUUGGCGGAAACAUGACCAUGGUGAACAGAGAGGGAGUUAGCACUGAGGACAUCCUGAUCAGCCAGGGGAAGACCUUCGACAUUAAAGAAGUGGAUGUGGAGCUUCAGGAGGCUCUCUUCCAGAUUCUAGGGGAUUCUGUAGAGUUUAAGCAUUACCUGUCGAUAAUCGACAGAAUCAAAUAUAAUUGUAGCCACACCAUCGUCAAGAAGAAUAGAUUCACGAUAACAUCACUGCUAAAUCUGCCGCAUAAAAUUGACUACACAGAGGACUUAGUGUGCAAAGUUGGAGGAAUCAAGGAGGUCAAGAGAAAUAAGUAUUCACCGCAUAGGACAUUUCAGGUAUUUUUGGAUUACAUUCAAUAA